AUGAAGGAUUCGGCGUCUCUCUCGGUGGACCUCUCGUGCACAACAACAAGUCAACUCUCUUCGAUACUUUCUCUUUCGAGUAGUGGAGCAAAAAGGGAUCUUGAAGGGUUUAACUUAGAGAGGGUUAUAUUGAUGGGAAGUAUUGCAUUGGCUGGGAAGAAGGCUCUUGAAAGUUCUGGUCUUGGUGGUGAUAAGCUUAGCACGGUACUACUCUUCUAG